UGAAGGCCGCUUCCCGCUUAGGCAACCCCAAGUUUUUGUGAGCAAUAUGUUGCACAAUACCCGCACACUUCAAUCUAGACUAAUUGUCUUCCUUCUUCUUUAAUUAUACACAAUUUUUUAAAGGAGAGGUGGGCAUGGUCAAUUAUUGGAGCAGGUGUUAUCAUAGCACGAUGUUCCUAGACCUCUCUUCUCGGUGAUACCCAGGAUCCUAGUGGUCGGGGAUUUGGACGAGAGCUCGGGGGACGGAGUAGACGACGAGGGAGUGACGUCCUGAGUUGUUCUAGUGCACUGCCCGCUAAUAGUGCAACCCGGGUCCACGAAGGUAAGUCUCGGCGACCUCGUGAGACGCGCGAUAAAAAGCCAGCGGUACGGCGAUGACAUGAGGCAAUCUGGUGUUUGGGUGGUGCAGUGUACAAGACGGCAAUAGAAGAACCCUACGGCCUGCCUCUCUCACGUGGGGAGAUUCACAAUACUCUACAAACUUACUAGGACUUAACGUCAAGAAAUUAAGGAUGUUCCGACUUUUUAUACAGGUUAUUCCUGACCAGGGCACGCCAGUCAUCAGGGGCGUCUUCUUUUAUUUAAUACUGACAUUGCAAAUCCAAUCCACGUUUUGUAAGCGCGUGGUUGUGGUCCCAGUGCCCAAUGUUAGCCACACCCGAUAUCUGACCAAUGUGGCCAGGGCGCUGACCUCCUACGGCCACGAGGCGUGGGUCUGCAUGCCCGUCUCCGUGGCGGAGCAGAACGUGCUGAACAUGACCGGCAUCCACGUGCUCCCCUACUCCAGCAAGGAGAUCAACGUGGUGGAGGACUACAUGAGGUACGUCCGCGACGCCUAUUGGGAGGACAGGCGCGUCGACAUGGGCAGAAUGAACACCAUCCUCUUAGAUCACAUGACCAUGAUGGUAGAGGACAAGAAGCUGGAGGCGGCUAUUCGAGGUAUCCGCCCGGACCUCAUGAUCAUAGACAACGUUCCUCACAUGAGGACUAUCGCUGUGAUGGCCUACAAACUGGACAUUCCUUUUGCGUUUGUCGGACCCCUGUACGAUCCAAUCCCGUACAGGGUCCCUUUCACCACUGCGACUAUGCCGUCUACUCUUUUCCCGCACACAGAUGAUAUGACAUUUCUUCAGCGACUCAUCUCGUUCGCCAUCCACUAUGCCACUGUGGUCUUUGAGGUGUUCUCCCACACUGACGCCGUGCGAAGGUACGCCCCCGACAAGCCUUACCUCCCGAUACGAGAGCUGACGUCCAGGUCUGAAAUAGUACUUAUAGAAAGUGACCCCGUCAUGGACUACCCCAAAGUGUCGCUGCCCAACGUCAAGCUGAUCGGCGGCACUGCCGUCACCGAAGCCAUUCCUCUGGUCGAGCCGUUCAAGUCUUUCGUGGACACAGCGGAGAACGGUGUGGUCGUUGUGUCUUUUGGCACGUACAUUAUUGACCUUCCAAACUCCGUGUUCGACAAGCUUUUAACAGCUUUUCAAAGACUGAACUUAAAAGUCGUAUGGCGAGUCAACGCGACCUCGCCUGACCCAGAGAAAAUUCUUACCUCUCAAUGGAUCCCCCAAAACGACCUUCUUGGUCAUCCUAAUGUCAAAGCGUUUGUCUCUCACUGUGGCCAGAGUAGCCAGUACGAAGCAUUGUUCCACGGAGUGCCCACCCUUUGCGUGCCAAUCUUCAUGGACCAGGCCUACAAUGCCGAGAGAGCGAGAAGUAAAGGCUUCGGGAAAACUAUUGACCUAAAAAUAGUCAGCGAUGAAGACAUAUUUUUCCACAUCCAGGAGAUAGUCUCCAAUCCAUCCUACGCCGAGAGUGUUCAAAAAGCGUCCAGACUAUUUAAACUCAACUACGGAUUACCCAUGAACAAAGCAGCAUUUUGGCUUGAUCAUGUGAUCCACUAUGGCGGUAGAUACUUGAGAUACGCGGGACAAACCAUGCCCGGAUAUCAGUUCUACUGUUUAGAUAUUCUUUCACUACUCAUAUUAGUUACCGCUGUUGUCUGUUUGGUUUUUUAUUAUAUGUUUAAAGUGCUUCUAGUCCAUUUUCUAAAUAUAUUACGUAUGUAUACAAGUAUCAUCUUUCUGUUGUUUCAUGUUUUAGCUAACUUAAUUCACAGGUUUUACUGUAAAGAUGUGCAAUUCAAAAGUAAACUUUCUUGAUGUAAAAGCUGCCACAAUGUAGUUAUGUAAAUACUGUAAAUAAUCUAAAAUCUAGACGUAGGUGUUGAUGUUAUUUUUUACGUUUUUAUAUCAAUUUUCAAGUUUUUAGUCAAUUAUCAUCAUAAAGAAAUAUUAUUCAUUUGUUUGGAUUAAUUUAAAGUAUGAGCUGGAUAUCUGUACAAUGAAAUAGUAUGUAAUGUUGUUGGUUUGUACUCUCUGUUCUCCAUACAAAGUAACGUACGGGUACACAUAUAUACAAGUAAUAUGUACUUAGCGUACAGAUAAAAUGUGAUAUGUUGGCUUUUUGUUUCACGAACAUAACAAAUGACGAAUAUGUUGCCUCGAAUUAUUUUUAAAACUAUGCUAUCAUACAAGACCAUACUGAGUGAGCAUGGCGCCCUCACCUUGCUUUCUUACAACGCAGUAGACCAUUCAAAAACAAUGAUGAAAUAUGAAAUAUGUCCAAUGACUUAAAGUCCACCCCUAGCACCCUUAUCCUAUGUAUUGAUGUUAUGCUAGCAUUGUCUGAGACAUGUACAGACCUAGUGCAAACGGAAACUCUUCAACGAGAGAAUAGAGUCGUCAUAACAGCAGCAUUCACUCUCGAUGGAGAAGUUAAGCUAGUCUAUUUUUUUUUAAAACAUUAUAGAAGAAUUCAAUGACAUUUACUAACAAUGAGCCCAUUGAUUUGUUUGACCUGUAAGUAUGCGUGGGUAAUUUGUUUGACUUGUAAGCAUGCUUGUGUAAUUUGUUUGACCUGUAAGCAAGCUUGGGUAAUUUGUUUGACCUGUAAGCAUGCUUGGGUUAUUUUUCUGACCUAGAAUUAUGCUCGAGUAACUUGUCUGACGUGAAAGUAUGCUCAUGAAUAUUGUUUGCAAGAAAACUGAAUAUUAUUGUUACCAGCCAACUAGACCAAAUUGUUAUGUAAAAUAUUCAUAUGCUUGUCUACUCAAAAUGUGUAU